AUGGGUUCAAAUCCUUGGAGGGCUGAAAAAUAUUUUGUACUGAGCAGGGAGUAUUUGGCCACUGCCAAUUUUGCAGGAAAUGUUACAUGUGAAGGACAGAUUUUGAAGUUCCUACAACAACAUGGAAAGGCCUCUGAUGUUCCACAAGUUUAUCCUCCAAAUGCAGCUUUCAAAAUUGUUUACUCUCCUUUGACAAAAGACAAUGCAUUCUUGUUACUUGAAUGGAUUAGAAAUAUAAGAUCUCGUGGAACUAAUUGUAAGCUGCAGAACUUUUUUAGCAGCAUAAAAACUGGAAGCUGGUUGAAGACAUCAAUUGGUUACAAGCCACCUUCUGAGUCAUUCUUGCCGAGCUCAGGUUGGGGAAGACUACUUCAGGUAGCAUCAACACUUGUUGAUAUACCAUUAAUCCUGAAAGAUUUUUAUGGUGAAAAGAUAACAGAGUUCACUGAAGAACUUAAAGAAAUUGGAGUCAGAUUUGAUUUUAUGGAUGCAUCAGAAUAUAUUGGUAGCCAUAUCCGGACUGCAACAGCUGAUUCCACCUUAACCCGAGCAAAAGUCUUUUCGUUGCUCAAUUUGGUCAGAUAUUUGGGAGAGAUAAGCUUGUCCCCUGACUAUCUAAUUCAGAGCACCAAAACUGCAAGAUGGCUAAAAACAUCUGUUGGUUUCAGAUUAGCAUCAGAAUCCAUAUUGUUGCUUGAUUCAGAAUGGACACUUGCAUCGCAUGUCUGUAAUCUCCCCUUCAUUGACACUUCUUUCUAUGGUGAGCAGAUUUCUGAUUACAAGAUCGAGCUGCAAUUAUUUGGUGUUUUAGUUGGAUUCAACAAAAAUUAUCAGAUUGUGGUUGAUAAUUUCGAAAUGCCUUCAAGCUCUGUAUCUGCUGAUGCUGCCAUUUUUAUACUUGAUUGCAUACGAAAUGCUUACAUUCCUGAUGAUUUAUUCGAAAAGUUAUCACAGACUAAAUGGUUGAAGACCCAGCUUGGCUAUGAAAAUCCAGGGGAAUCUUUUCUGGCUGUCUUAGAAUGGGAAUGCCUUCUUCAGGUUGUCAGCGGCAUUCCGGUAAUAGAUGAUGCAAUGUAUGGUGGUAGAAUCAGGUCAUAUCAGGAUGAGCUAAAGAAAGUUGGAGUAGCAGUAACCAUAAAUGACUUCUCAAAAGCUAUUGCUUUUCGAUUGAAUCGUCUUUUAGAGGGAAGAUUUAUCACAAACAAAAAUGUUCUUGCAUUGCUAUCAUGUUAUAGGCAAUUUGUUAAAAAGGAAAUUACAUUGACGCAUGAUCUUUUCCUUUUCUCCGUUGAGAAGGAAUGGUUGCAUACUAAUCUUGGAUUCAGAUCUCCAAAAGCUUCAAUCCUAUUCAGUCCAGAGUGGCAACUUAUCUCAGCUAUAUCAAAUCUUCCACUUAUUGAUGGUAAUUCUGAAUUCUAUGGUUACUCCAAUGAGAUCUAUGAUUUCAAAAAUGAGCUCCAGGCCUUUGGUGUUAUAGUUGAAUUCAAAGAGGGAGCUAAAUUUGUCAUUGAUGGUAUUGACCUUCCCAGAGAUCCUUCUAUCAUUAAUCCCGUUAGCAUUAUAUCCUUGCUACAGUGCAUUCGCAAUCUGAAGGAAAAUGCAGAAUCUCUUCCUAUGGAGUUCAAGCAAAAGAUGAAAAGUAGAUGGAUAAAAACAGUUCUUGGAUACAAAUCUCCAGAAGAGAGCAUUCUCUUUGAUCCCAAGUGGAGUUUGCAAAGGAAAGACGGUCCCUUUAUUGAUGACAUCUUUUAUGGAUCUGAGCUCGCAUCUUAUAAAAAUGAGCUUAAAGAAAUUGGUGUAUCUGUCGAUGCCACUCAGGCAUGCCUUUUACUAGCCCUUCAUAUUAAGUGCCACUCUGAUAUUACUACAAUCUCGAGAGUGUACCUGUUCUUGAAUACACAUAAAUGGGAGGCUAAUGAUAAAGAUGCAAAGUGGAUUUGGAUCCCAAGUGGUGGUGGAGAAUGGAGUUUUUGA